UUAUUCUACUUUAUUCAUGCCAUACGUUCUACCCAAACAAAAAAAAGUAGAAAAAUUUGAUACUUAUCACCCAUAAAUGAAAGCAAAACAGACUUGUUGCUUGCGUAAGAGAUCUUUCGUGUAGUUAAACCAGUGUGUUGCGUGAGACUGAAAUCAUUCCUCCCUCUCACUGGAUGUGUUUUCAUGCUGUUUAGAAAGGAAACAUGUCUGCAAGAAAAGGGAAUGACUUCCAGCUUGUUGCCCCUGAAAAAGGUGAAAGAGUUAAGAUAAACCCGGGAUCUGCUCUCAUUGUGUCGUGCCACUUGUCUCCUGCAAUCAGUGCGGCUGACAUGGAGAUUAACUGGUUUAACAAGACAGGAUAUGUUUGCACAUAUAAGAAACGAAAAAUGACACAGGGAGUUGGCUAUGAGGGAAGAGCCAAUCUGUUCAUCCAUGACCUGGUGAGAGGGAAUGUGUCCUUAAGAGUGGCAAACUUUACAGAGUCUGAUCUGGGAGAUUACAUGUGCCAGGUCACCAGUCAAAAUAAAACACAGCAGAUAACUGUCAAUGUAACAGAAGAAGUAUCUGCCAUUUCUAAGGACCAGCUCUUAUUCACAGUGGAUUACACAUCGGAAAAAACAAGUGAUGGCCAAUCUGGAGAUUCACAAAAAAAUCUCCUUAAGGGAGAGGCAAGCUACAAAUUAUCAGUCCAGUCUACAUUUCACUGUGCUUCAGGGAGAGAACCGCACAAGGAUAACAGGACGGAAACUAGAAGUAAAGGUACCUUUCAGCUGGUUGUUCCCAGCACAGCAGAGACUGAGGUAUCUUUGGGGUCUGAUUUGGUUAUUCCUUGUCAACUGUCUCCUGAAAUCAACGCUGUGGACAUGGAGAUCAGCUGGUCUAAAGAUGCAGACUGUGUUUGCCUGUAUAAAGACAGGAAGAUCACAGAAGGGGUUUGGUUCAAGGACAGAGUGAGUCUGUUCUUCACUCACAAACUUAAAAAAGGAGACGUGUCCUUGAGACUGAAAAACUUCAGACAGUCAGAUAUUGGAAAUUACCACUGUCAGGUAAUCAAUGCCGACAGAAAAGAAGAGAUAACUGUGAGAGUGAGAGUGAAUCCUGGCGUCCAACCAGUGAAUCUAUCUCCAGUACAUCAAUAUGUCCCAUCAAUGCUACAUGAGGGUACAAAUACAAGAGAAGCAAAUGACAGAUUAUCGAGGCAUACUUCACAUCAUAAUAAAGCAGAUAAGAAACAGCAUGAUAAUUGCAGUGAAAGUGUCUCGAGCAAUGAUUUUGAACUCGUUAUUCCCCAAAUUACUGAAGAAGCAAAGGUUUCUCUGGGGUCUGAAUUGACUGUUCCUUGUUACUCGUCUCCUGAAAUCUGCGCCACUGCCAUGCAGAUCAGAUGGUUUAAGGAGACCGACUGUGUUUGUGUCUACAAGAACACACAGAUGACUGAGGGCAGAGGCUAUAAAGACAGAGUUAGUCUGGACAGUCGAGAGCUCGAGAGAGGAAAUGUGUCUGUACAUCUGAGAAACUUCAGUGUUUCAGAUGUUGGAGAUUAUCACUGUCAGGUCAGCAGUGGAGGCAGAACACAACACAUUACUGUAGGAGUGAGGAUAAAACCUGAAUUCCAGUCUGUGAGUCAAUCACCAGCAAGUCAAGGUCAAAGUGUUCAGCUAGUGCUGUUUCAAACUGACAAAAUAUUGACUCUGGAGGAAUCGCUCAAAAUGGAUGAAUCUGUUUUAAUGGGAGAGAUGAGAGUGAACAAUGAGCAAGAGCUUUACCAAAUGUUGAUCAGGGCUUACAGCGAAAGAGACCAACAACUGGAAAGAACUGAACAGGAGUUGAGAGAGACCAGAAUGGAUUUGGACAGAGUCUUAAAACUCAACCCUCGUGCUCAGUUUUUAGACAGAGACAGACAAAAUCCUUUUUAAAAGCCAGGAAAUAUGCUGUCUGAUUCAUGACAUUUCUUAGAACAUAUUUCAAUCAAUCAGUUUUUUUGGUAACACUUUACAAUAAGGUUCAUUAGUUAAUUCAUUUACUAACAUGAACUAAUCAUGAACAACACAU